CGCUAGUGACAUCUAGUUUGAUUUUGAGUACUAAUUUUUUUUUUUAAACACUUCCUCAUUCACUAAAUAGUAUCUUCUUCUUGGUCUGUGCACUAAAGUCAAUUUGGUUUACUUGAAGCACGUCCUCCUAUUCUUUUUUUAGACUAAAAUAAAACAAUCAUGGAUUCCGAAGUGAUCAAAGAAAAGAUACACACUGAACCAAUAUUUAAUGAUCCGCGGUAUAUAACCUUGCUUAGUGUUGUUAUUCUAAUUUUCACCUUGUUAAUCUGGUGGUGCUUUACAAGGCGUCGUCAUCAACGCACGUGUAUUUUACUUGCCGGCCUCUCAGAUUCUGGCAAAACUCUACUGUUUGUAAGACUAGCAUAUUCUCAAUAUAGACAAACUUUUACUUCAAUGAAAGAGAAUGUGGAAGAAUAUAUUACAACCAAAUCUCUCCGACUUGUAGACCUUCCGGGGCAAGAACGAUUAAGGAACAAGUUCUUUGAUCAGUACAAAAAUAGUGCAAAGGCUAUUAUCUACGUGAUUGAUUCUGUCACUAUUCAGAAGGAAAUCAGAGAUGUUGCAGAAUAUCUCUACACCAUAUUAUUGGACUCAGUAGUGCGAGGUAAUAACCCACCUCUGUUAAUUCUCUGCAAUAAACAAGACCAACCACUUGCUAAGGGAAGCCAAGUAAUCAAGAGUUUGUUAGAAAAAGAAAUCAAUCUCGUCAGAGUCACGAAAUCAAGCCAGCUGCAGUCUGUGGAUCCGUCUCAGUCAAACAACACCAUAUAUCUUGGAAAAACUGGAAAAGAUUUUGAAUUUUCUCAUAUUGGCUCCAAAGUGGAUGUUGUAGAGUGUUCCGCCAAUACAGGUGAUGAUGAGGAUCCAGUUGAUCUGAAAGCUGUGCAAGAAUGGAUCUCCAAACUUUAAAAACUAAGGUGUAUUAUUGAUUGCAUAUUGAUUGCAUGCAGUUUAGUUUACUCUAUAGCUUUCAUAAUUUCAUAUUUCAUGUUUGUUAUGAUAAAUGAUGAUCCAACUUGUGAUCAGUGUGUGAUAGACUUCCAUUUAAGUGUGAUUCUGAAAGAAUUAAAAGUAUUUUAUAAUAAUUAUAUAUUAAAAAAAAGUUGUGCUUGAACAUUUUAUGAAUAUAUUUUUUACUAAAUCUUAAGUUUUUUUUUAAACUUUAUUCUCAGGAUUUUUA